AUGCGUAUCAGAUUACUAUAUAAGAAUGUCCGUGAUAAAUGGGUUCAAUUGAACCUAUUUGAUUCACAAUCAUCUGACCCAUCAAUACGUCACCGAGAAAUCUUAUCAACUCGUCUCUAUAUCAUUCUUCUUUUGACAUUUUUUAUUAUUGUGACAACUUAUAUAUCAAUUACAAAUCGGCAUGAAACUAAAACUGUCUCAUUUCCAGAUUAUUCUUUAUAUAAAAAUCUACAAAAAAAACAUUCCGAUAGUUUACAAUGUUCAUGCACUGAAUAUGUAAUUCUCUAUAAAUAUUUUGUGGAAAUCAAUGCAUCGUUUCAUCAAGUGUGUUCAAGUGAUUUCAUAUCUCAACGAUGGAUUGACUUUAUAUUUCAAGUGGACUCAACUACAAUUUAUCCCAUUGAUAUACGAACAAGUUUAAGCGCAAUGUGGCAAAUAAUUCGAAACUUAUGUCAACGCUCGGCAGCAACAAUGAUCGACACACUUAAGCAAUUCAAUGAAUCCGCACUAAUCAAUCCAAUAUUAUUAACUGAAGAUUUCCUCGAAACAAAAAUUCAAUCAGCAUUACAUUCAUUGCUUGAAAUGAUUUCAUCAGAUUUAGUUCAAUCAAUAUUAGUUGUUAAUAAAAUGGCGCAUGCAAAUCAAUUGAUGACAGCAUUAUCAACAAAUUCGAUUCCAAUAACAAAAGAAUAUCAACCAACGGAACAACUUGCUGAUGUAUUCCAUCUUCCGACAAUGUCUAUAUCCACUUAUGUUGGAGUUUUUGAAAAUAUUUUCAUACAAAAGGAUUCUACAAAAUCAUGCUCAUGUAAGAAUAAUGUAUCAUGUCCAUUACCUGGCAGUAUUUAUUUUUAUAAUAUAUCUCAAAAACUUGGCGUUUAUGAUUUAAAUCAAAUACAAUCGAAAGAAACAUUACCUGGUCUAAUCGUUGAUUGUUUACCGAUACAAACGACAUUCUUGUCGACAUUGGAAUGUUUUUAUAAUCGAACGUGUUUAAAUCGUCUUCUUUCGUUUUAUUUAAAGCAAAUCAAUGUUACAGUUCUAAAUCAGUUUGUCCCAUCACGUUUUAAUCAAACGACAAAAAUCGAAUUUCUUCUGAACGAACUUUUCAUUGAAGAAGUUCAUUUUAAAAUCAACUAUAACAAAUAUUACUUUCAGUGCAAGCCAAGUCUGUGCCAUUAUAUUCAGCGACAUCGUUUUAAUUCAAUUUACAUUUUAACCACUCUUUUUGGUCUUUUGGGUGGUCUAACUGCAGUAUUACGUUUCAUUACUCCGUAUUUUAUUCAAUUAAUGUUAUCUUUACAAAAACGAUUUUGUUCAAAACGAUCACAAGCUGUCAGACAAUCUCAAGGUAAUAUUUAA